UAAUAUAUCUAUACAUAUGAUCCUGCUGAAAACAACAAAUAACCGUACGAAUUUGAAAGUUCGGAGUAAUUUGGAGUUUCUCAACUUUUCACGGUGUUAUCGAGCGACUGGGAAUUUCAAACAGCUGGAAUAUUUACGAAAUAAAUUAACAUUAAUUUAAUAAAACAGUUAUUGUGUUGUGACGUUGAGCUAAGCGUGUUUUUUGACAAUUCUAAAUAUAUUUCUUUAUUAAUUUUCAUUGGUUUCAUUGGUUACAGACAUUUAACUGGACGAAUAAGACACUUGUCUUCGCCAGAUUUUCUUUCAGUUUAUUCUUUUUCAGGUUCACGUUGCUGUGCAAGGUUCAGAUCUCUUCAGAAUUCACAGAAUUUCGAUUGCGUCUAAAGAUGGGUAAAACAUGUGCUGUCUUGAACUGUCCGAAUGGGCACGAAGCAGACAGAGAGGAGCGACGACGCAAUUGAGUGCAUCAAGUUUCUAUGUUUGCUGUACCAAAAAGGUGAGUGAUGGACUUUUGAAGUUGAGCAGAGCUCUUCGGAGAAAUUUGACAGCGAAAGAUGUGGUUUGCAAACUGCACUUUUCACCGGAUAGUGUGCUGAAGGAAUAUGCAACUGCGAUGCCUGAUGGUACCAUCCACUGUAUUCCUUGUGGCAAUUAUGGACUAGCAAAGGAUGCAGUACCAAUGGCUAUUGAAAAUCAGAAAAGUGUCGAAGCGAUUAUUGGGGCUGUGCCGGAAGAGACAAUGGAGGUGAUGGAAUCGUCUGCAGAAGGACUGGAUGGAGUGGAUGGACUGGAUGAAGCAGAAAGACUAUACAGUGCUGAACUAGUAGCACUGGAGGACGAGUUCAUUGAAAGUACAAUUGGCGUUUCAAUUGAUGACAUCAUUGCGCACUUUGAGCAACAACCUCUUCAAAAAACUUGGAGUUGGAUAUACAAAUUGCAAGAUGAUCCGUGAAUCAUUUGAGCCCAGAUCGAACCAAGCACCUUGAUGAUACGAUUGAUUUUGAAGAUAAACAGCGAUCUUUCAGUGACGGUAAAAAUCAUUAUUAUUAUUUCUUUUAAUCGUUUAUUUUCAUUAUUCGUCUCUUGCUGGCCUAUUCUCUGGUGAAACCACCUAAAGGCUCAAACGUCAGUGGGAUGGAGUUUUUGUGGACUUUAAUGAAAACCAAAAACUCAAUGCAGUCUCGUAAUAAAACCAGAAACGAAAUCAUGGACAAACUGGACGCUUAUUACUCGAAUCGUGCCACGAAGAUGAUUGCAAGUCUUUUGCAGUCAAUGAUCAAAACCACGUGUAUGAUGGUCGUCAAACUGAAUUUGAUUACGAUCAGCAUCUAUCGUGUCACGAUUACGAUGUUGUCGAAACGAGUGAGUUAGUCCAGGCUUGUCGCUGGAUAUACGUUGCACGCAAGACCAUGCGGUUCAUGACGUGCUAGGUGUUUGAGCACAACGGAUGCGUGCUAACGAGAUCAGGUGGUCGUACUUACGAAUCGCUUCGGUGGUUUAAUUUAUCCGAGUGAAGAAUUGUUUCAGCUUACCAAAAAAGUGGUCCGAGUCGUUCUUGAUGUCGCAGGGAAAUUCCAGAAAAAGUAAACGAAACGGCUUAGCAACUAAAUUUCACAGGAUGAAAAUCAAGGAUCGAGCACUUAAUUGGGAUCAUUCACCAAAAGUUCAUCGACGCAACAUUUGUGAUGAGUGUGAUGACAUUUUUCACAGGUUCAAUUAAAAUUAGGCUUCCAUUUAUUGAGAUUUUCUAUUGCAUCUAUAAAAUUCAAUUCCAAGUUAGAAAAAUGAUUGUUUUAUAAUUCUGAGUAGAUGAAAUUUCAAGAAAUGUUCAUUUUUUCUAUUCAUGGAUAAAGCAAGGUGGGAAAUCUUCAUUAUAAGAGUUGAAAAUGCAGUUUCUGCUCUCAACUGUGCCUUGCCAUGGAGCCCUGGAUGAAGUAGCGGAAACUCAUAAAAAUAAGUCCCCAAUAAAAACUGGUACUGGAUUUAUACGUACCAAUAUUAGUAUUUUUUUAUCAACUGACUAACUAUUAUUGCCAAUAAAAUCAUCAUUAUCAAAAUUCUA